AUGGCUCGUGGAACUGCAUUCUUGGCCCUGGCCUCCGGGCUGAUGCUCGAGAGGUCGAUGGCGGUGAUGGACGUGGGCGACGAGCACGUCUGCGCAACGAUCGGUUCCAGUGCCAAGUGCUGGGGGAACAACCGCUGGGGGCAGCUCGGACGCGGUGACAACACCACCCUCAUCGGCGACGAACCGGACGAGAUGGGCGACAACCUCGUCGCAGUGCCGGUUGGGGGCACCGUGGCUGAAGUGGCCCUGGGGGAGGACCACACCUGCAUGCUCCUGGACUCCGGAAAUGUGGUGUGCUUCGGCAAGAACGACUCCGGUCAGCUCGGCCUCGGGGACACCUCGACCCGCGGCCAGAUCGCGGGGGACGUGGGCGAGGCGGCUGACCUGGGCGCGGGACUGUCGGCGGUGGCGGUGGCGUUGGGGUGCAGGCACACCUGCGGCUUGCUCGACGACGGGACCGUCAAGUGCUUCGGGUACAACAACUACGGGCAGCUGGGCCAGGGCACCACGGAAAACAUGGGAGACGACGCGGGCGAGAUGGGCGACGACCUUCCGGCGGUGUCUCUCGACGGCACUGUGUCCGCUGUGGCGGCCGGCUGCGACCACACCUGCGCGCUCAUGGACGACGGCACCGUCAUGUGCUGGGGGCGCAACACGCACGGCCAGCUCGGUACCGGCGACAGCGAUGACCGCCUGGACGGGAAUGGCCUUGCGCUUGUAGCGGUGGAUCUCGACGGUUCAGUAGCCACCGCCAUCGCCGCCGGCGAGUCGCACACUUGCGCGCUCCUUGACGACGACUCCAUCAAGUGCUGGGGCCUUAACAGCAGCGGCCAGCUGGGUCAGGGCGACGACCUCGACAGGGGAGACUCCCCGGAGACCCUCGGUGCCAACCUCCCCGCCAUCGCCCUGGGGACCGGCGACGUGCCCACGGCCAUCGACUGCGGCUCCUUCUACACUUGCGCUCUCCUGGACGAUGGGUCCGCCAAGUGCUUCGGCGCGAACGCGGACGGUGAGCUCGGCACCGGCACCACCCAAGACGUCGGCCUGCUCCCGACGGAAAUGGGCGAUAACCUGAUUGCUGCUGCUAUCGGUGACACCGCUCAGGACAUCGCCGCCGGCGGCGCCACCACCUGCGCCAUCGUCUCUGACGAUUCGGUCAUUUGCUGGGGCCAGGGAAGCUCUGGCCAACUCGGGCAGGGCACCGACGAGAACAUCAUCGUGAUUGAAGACGUGGAGACGAUCGACGUCGGUUCGGACACCUUCGCCUCUUCCCCGGGCCCCACUCCCUCCAUCCCGAUCGAUAUUACCAGCUCGCCCACUGUCGUGACCACUAGGCCCCCUCUCGGCCCCGGAGAGACUCACUCCCCGACUGUGGCUCCGUCGUCCGUAUCUGAUCUUGAAGCCACCAGCGGCGCCUCGGUUCACUUCCAUGGUGGCCUCCUGGCGACGGCCGUCGUAGGCGCGGCCGGCUUCAUCGCCGGAGCGCUGUUCCUGUGAUCGUGAUCGUGAUCGUGCUGCGUUUGAUCACAGGAGUAGUAUAUUGCAGUCCAUGCGCAGCAGGUGUUCAGCUGGUUACGUGAUUUUUCUUCAGGGUUGUUGUGUACUUGUAUGUUUGUCUCGGUCGUACGAUGUAGUUGUUGUUGGGUGCCGCUCGUUGCCUCCUGGAGGCAACCCUACAGUGUCCGUUGUAGGAUACGCCCGGUCCCCUUGGGGAGGCCCUGAUUUUGAUGUCUUGGUGUGUGUGCGAGCGGGUAGCCUGCCGGGUUCCGCUGCUGAUGCUCAGCAGCUCACAUGAUGAUGUGCAGGCUUCUUUCGUGCCCUAUGCGUUAGUUAAAAGCAACCUUAGCCUUGUUGUGGGGUUUCAGGCAGUUGGGGUAUUGGGUAGUGAGAACAGGUGGCCAUUGCUUUCUUUGUGCGAUUUUUGACCGUUCGUGGCCCCGAUGUAAGGUAUUUUGAUUUGCCUGCCGUGUGUGUGACAUUCAUUUCCCGACCUUGGACGGGUAAAGCCCACCUCUAGCUUGCUGAGGUUGCGUGUCCGACGUUGGCCAUAUUUGGCGCACAAGCCAUUCUUUCUUUGUUUUUUGC